AGGUGCGCUGGAUGCUGCUACGGAGAACCUGGGAAGGACAAACCAUCCUGCUCCGGCUGAAGGGCUGCUCCCCGACGAUGAUCAUCACACUGCGGGCUCUCUUCGAACAGGGGAGGACAUUUUUUGAUGCGCAGAAAGUGGUAAUCGAAGAAUUUGCAAUGAACAGAAACAGGAGAGACAGAGACUUCUACAGUCUCGAUGUUGGGGAUUCAACGUUCACAGUUCUGAAGCGAUACCAGAAUCUAAGACCCAUUGGUUCGGGAGCACAGGGAAUCGUCUGCUCUGCCUAUGAUCAAACCCUUGAACAAAAUGUUGCCAUCAAGAAGCUGAGUCGACCGUUUCAGAACCAGACCCAUGCCAAGAGGGCGUACAGAGAACUAGUCCUAAUGAAAUGUGUCAAUCACAAAAAUAUUAUCGGCCUGUUAAAUGUAUUUACGCCACAAAAAUCAUUAGAAGAGUUCCAAGAUGUAUACUUGGUGAUGGAGCUGAUGGAUGCUAACCUGUGCCAGGUCAUUCAGAUGGAGCUGGACCACGAGCGGCUGUCCUAUCUGCUCUAUCAGAUGCUGUGUGGUAUCAAACACCUCCACUCUGCCGGCAUCAUCCACAGGGACCUAAAGCCCAGUAAUAUAGUUGUCAAGUCCGAUUGUACACUGAAGAUUUUGGACUUCGGCUUGGCCCGGACAGCUGCCACAGGCCUCCUGAUGACACCGUAUGUGGUUACACGCUACUACAGAGCGCCUGAAGUCAUUCUGGGUAUGGGCUACCAGGCUAAUGUGGACAUUUGGUCUGUGGGCUGCAUUCUGGCAGAAAUGGUUCGCCAUAAAAUCCUCUUCCCAGGAAGGGACUACAUCGACCAGUGGAACAAGGUAAUCGAGCAGCUCGGCACGCCGUCUCAGGAGUUUCUAAUGAAGCUGAAUCACUCGGUGAGAACGUACGUGGAGAACAGGCCGCGGUACUCCGGCUACAGCUUCGAGAAACUCUUCCCAGAUGUGCUCUUCCCGGCCGACUCUGAUCACAACAAACUGAAAGCGAGCCAAGCCCGAGAUCUUUUAUCCAAGAUGUUAGUGAUUGAUGCAUCCAAGCGUAUCUCUGUAGACGAAGCCCUGCAGCACCCGUACAUUAACGUUUGGUACGAUCCAGCUGAAGUGGAAGCACCACCUCCAAAGUUCUCAGACAAACAGCUGGAUGAGAGGGAGCACACAGUGGAGGAAUGGAAAGAAUUAAUUUAUAAAGAAGUGAGCGAAUGGGAGGAACGAACAAAAAAUGGAGUGAUAAGGGGUCAGCCGUCUCCUUUAG